AUGGUUGCCAGGCAGAAGUGGAGGCAGGCUCGGUCGGUGGUAGCAAUUAACAAGGCGAGGAUUAAGGUGAAUAAGGCGGUGAGUAAGUUCGUGGCCAGGAAUGGUGGUUUGGUGGCGCGACACCGGGAUUUGGAGGAAGGGGGUGCGGAUUUUGUGGCCUCGGAUGGUAUUCAUCUUAAUGGGAUGGGUAUGGAUUUGUGGCUUCUUGAGUUGAAGGAGACAGUGGAGAGGGCAUUGAGGCUGUGGAGGAACGGGGACAAAGUUAACCUCAAGGUGAUGUCUGGGACUCAGAACCAUAAGAUCUUUGUGGCUAUUACACUUAUAACCAUCAUUUUUAUAAGUUACCUAAUUCAUCGUCAGUUCAUACAGGUUUCUCCUGCAAUAGUUUUGUCACCUGAACUGACUCCGAACUCAGAAGUAAAGUCCAGUAGCCGCAUUAUCCUAUCAGAAGAUGAACGUCUUAUCCUCAACAAGAUAUCUGGAUGGAUCCAUACAGGGUCCUUUAAUGACACAAGAUUUGCCUCAAGUGCUAAGAACAGCAAGGCCACUAUUCUUAACCCCAGGAAGAAGUACUGCACCGGAGACAAGUUAACUAUCCAGAUUGAUAUGUUUGAUUAUUUGGGUAAUAGGAAGACAUAUGGAGGAGACUUCAUAAGAUCUAGAAUAUUCAACCCUACUCUGAAUGCCGGAGCCUCGGGAGUGGUUGAAGACUUCAACAAUGGAACCUAUCAUGUCCACUUUACUUUAUUUUGGAAAGGCAAAGUCUAUAUUUCCUUGUUACUUUACCAUUCAAGUGAGGCGGCUUCAGCCCUAUGGAAAGCCAGGGACAAUGACUAUGGACUCAUAUCCUUUAUGGGAACAUUUGUGAACAGGAACCAGUCCAUUAAAAGUGAAUGUGGGUUCAAACGUGACUCAGUAGAGGACGUUUGUGAAUAUAGACCCGUGAAAGGUGAUGAAUCAUUUUACUGCAUCAAACAGGACAAUUUCCAAUGUGGUUCAUUAACUUAUAUGAAGACUUCCAACCGAAAUGUCACUUUCCUUAAGAACACAGAGAAGCCGCUAGUUAAAAGGGAAAAUAUAGCUGUUAAUAUUAAAGGAGAUUACAAGUACAUUGAUGUAUUAACGUGUAAAACUUCAACUUCAUCAAACUUAAACACUUGUGCAAUUGGAAUGGAAUCUCCUCUUCCCAGUGGUUUUGUAUUACAACAAACCUGGAAUCCUGUUUUCUGUAAGAUUCCCGUUACCACCCAAGACCAGAUGUAUGCUUGUUUAAAGAAUAAGCAAGUCUAUUUUCUUGGAGACUCCACAAUGCGACAAUGGUUUGAAUAUUUUCAAAAAGCUCUACCAGAAUUAAAGACUUUUAUUCUCUCCCGCAUGGCAGCAGAUACUAAAAACAAUAUCCUUGUGUUCUUUAAGAAGCACAAUUUUCCUUUUAUCACAACUCGUCCCCAAGCUGUUAAAGGUAGUUUAUACUUGACCGAUGAGAUCGAUCACUUAGCUGGAGGUCCACACCAUGUCCUCGCCAUCACAUUUGGUCAACACUUCCGACCUCUACCAAUCCAGCUCUUCAUCAGGAGGGUUAUGAAUAUACACAGAGCUGUGGAAAGACUCCUCUUAAGGAGUCCAGAUACCAAGGUCAUCAUCAAGGCUGAGAACACCCGAGAAAUCCAUAUGGAUGCCGAGAGAUUCAGUGACUUUCAUGGCUACAUCCAAAACAUGAUUGUAAAGGAAGUCUUCAAAGAUCUUCAUGUUGCUUUUGUUGAUGCAUGGGACAUGACAAUUGCCUUCAAUUCAUAUCGUGCCCAUCCAUUAGAAUUUAUAGUCAGGAACCAGAUAAAUAUGUUUUUGUCAUAUAUAUGUUCCUAAAGAGGUGCCCCGCCCCUAGACAUCUUAUCCCCUCUCCAAAGGAGAGGGGAUAAGAUGUCUGAUCACGAGGGUUCCGCCACUGAUUGAUCUCCCGGCUGCACCUGGUGUUCGUUUAGAGCGUCAAGUGCAGCGUGGAGGCUCUUUACAUCACUGCCACGCCCCCCCAAUGCAAGUCUAUGAGAGGGGAUGUGACGGCCGCCAUGCCCCCUCCCAUCGACUUGUAUUGAGGGGGCAUGGCCGUGACGUCACGAGCAAACUUUGCUCCAUGCCGGAUGACUGGCUAUGUGGGGCAGAGGCUUGUGACGUUAGGGUCAUGCCCCGCUCGUGAUGUCAUGGCAAUGCCCCCUCAUUGCAAGUCUAUCAUGCCUGAGGAAGCGAAUUCUCUGCGAAAUGCGUUGCCUUGUGGGUAAUAAAAUUCCCUUACCAUAUCCUGGUCUCAUCGCCCCCUUUUCAUCCCACCGUGUGCUUGGAGGAGGAAUCAUUGUUCAUGUGACUUAUAUACAUG